UCAGGACUUGAGGUCAGUCUGUGAGAAUUGAAAUGAACUCUCUCCUAAACCCACAACAACAACAACAGAUCAACACCACCGCCUCCUCCGCCGUCCAAGACCUCCAGCUCCACCACCACCACCACCGCCUCCACAUGAAUAACCAAACGACGCCGUUCGACUCCUCCCACGACGACUUCCUCGAGCAAAUGCUCUCCACUCUCGGAAACCCCUCCUCCUGCUCCUCCUGGGCCGACGAAACCCCUCCCCUUCCUCCUCCGCCGCACUCCUCAAACGACAACAGCAACAAUGUCGUUUUCUCCUACGACGACUCCUCCAACCUCGCCUCCAAGUUCCGCAGCCACCAGAUCAGCGCCGGCGCCGCCGCUGCCUCCAAAUCCUCCCCGAAUGCCUCGGCGGCUGCCGCCGCCGCCAUGAUGCUCCAGCACCAGCUCAUGAUGUCCCGCGGCUCCUCCGACUCCGGCUACGCUCCGAUGGGGCUCGCCUUGGGCAGCAACGGCGAGUUUGACCGCUCGCAUAACGACGUUGACGGCUCGUCGUUUAAAUCUCCUAACCAGGGCGGCGGUGACGGCGGUUCUUCUGUUCAGGCCUUGUUUAAUGGCUUUACUGGAUCUCUGUCUCCGAACCAGCCUCAGCAUUUUCACCACCCUCAGGGUGGUGCGCUUCAAGCUCAGAACUAUGGAGCUCAAGCACAAGGCAUGACACAACCUCCGGCGAGCGGCUCAGCCGGGGCCACGGCUGCGCAACCCAGGCCUAGAGUCAGGGCCAGGCGAGGUCAAGCCACUGACCCACACUCCAUUGCUGAAAGAUUACGAAGAGAGAGAAUUGCAGAGAGAAUGAAGGCCCUGCAGGAGCUGGUUCCAAAUGCCAACAAGACAGAUAAGGCUUCAAUGCUGGAUGAGAUCAUCGACUAUGUAAAGUUCCUGCAGCUCCAAGUCAAGGUUCUGAGCAUGAGCAGGCUGGGUGGUGCUGGUGCUGUUGCUCCCCUCGUAGCUGAUAUGUCCUCUGAGGGAGGCGGUGACUGUAUCCAGACCAGCGGCAAUGGCGGGACCCGCGGCCGGAGCAACCAAACGGCGUCGUCGAACGACAGCAUGACGGUGACGGAGCACCAGGUGGCCAAGCUCAUGGAAGAGGACAUGGGCUCCGCCAUGCAGUACCUACAAGGCAAAGGCCUCUGCCUCAUGCCUAUUUCCUUGGCCACAGCUAUCUCCACCGCCACGUGUCACACCAGAAACCCACUGAACAACAACAACAACAGCAGCAACAACAACAACCCUAUCAUGGCAUCCAAAGGCGGAGAAGGACCGUCGUCUCCCAGCAUGUCGGUGUUGACCGUCCAGUCAGCCACGAUGGCCAGUAACGGCGGGGUUGACGGUUCCGGUAAAGACGCCGCCUCCGUCUCCAAGCCGUGAGAGUUGCUGAAUCCCCCCUAACGUGACGUGGACCCGAAGCAAAGUCUACUAAAAUAAGGCCCUCUUUUCACCAAACGACGCCGUAUUUGCGUAGACUUUGGCUCCUAUAAAAAGCCUAGCUAACCACCACCUCCCAGAUCCCUAUGAAAAUCCUGUUUUUUUCAUGAUUUUUGGGGUUUCUUUAUCUUUUUAAUUGCUUUUGUUCUUUUGUCGCUUCUUAAUGUGAGCUUGUUUAUCUUUGAUAAUCAUGAUCAUGUUGCUCUAUUAUGAAAUGAUUAGUCUCUAAAUAAUAAUGUGGGAAUUAUUAAAGGAUCAAAAGGAGAUCCAGGAGGGUUU